AUGAUUACUUCUCAAUAUCACUCCAAUGUGAAACACCGACCCGGGAGUGUUUCAAACACGACGAGAAGAAGACGCUCAAAGCUAUUGACUCGACUCGUAUUGCUUGGCGUAUUGUUUGGCAUAUCAUCGAGUGCGAUGAAACGACGCGCUUUAAAUGGAGUUGAUAAUACUGGUGAUUACGCAUCGAGCGUUCAACAACAACAUCAUCAACAACAAGGUGCAGCGGUUUCGUCCUCCGCCUCGAAGGUGUCUACCAAGUUGAACACAGACGCAAGUUUACGCAAACAAACUCAUCAAGAUGGAUUAUCAUCAGGCGCAAGUGGUGACAGUGCCACUUCUUCUUCUUCUUCUUCUUCUUCGAAUAGAGAGCGGGAGAUUUGGUGGCACGAUUUGUCGUCCAAGUGUCAGUUUACUCUCGGACAAACGCUCGCGCCGUUUGGUGAAUCCGAGGACGUCGACGCGAGAUCCGAACUCUAUGCAAAGAUGUUCCGAAGCACAUCAGAUACCGCAGUUUUAGAUAUUUUCAACCCCUCGAAAACAGUCAUCGUCCAAACUGCUAAUAAUAACAACGAUUUGACGCUGGACAAAGUUUUCGUCAUCGAUACCGAGAAGGAUGAAGUUACGCCGAUUUUAGAAAAACUCGAAAUUCCAGUGCGAGCGAUCGUGUUGCCGUUCCCUAGCACGUCGGAAGGUGCAAAGAAAAUUGGGAAGAUUACGCGCGAAGUGCUCGCAAAAAAUGGAUUCUCUAAAGAAACUUCCGUCUGGUUGCAAAAUGCGGAACUUUAUCACGCUUCUGUAUACCACGCGUCGCAUCAUCUGGACGCUCACAAAGCAAAGGGUAAUGAAAUCCGAGAAGAGGUUCGCGUGGUGAAAGAAUCGGCAAAGCAGAUAUGCCCGAUAAAGAUUACACUCGAACGGAUCGUUAUAACUUCAAGUGGAGCGUUAGUAAGCGUUUGGAACACGCGAAAUACGAGGGAUGGUGGCGAAAUCUCCGAGUUUCGCCAACUUUUGCACGACAAUCUUCCAAAUGCUCCGGUCAAUCAAAUCGUUUCCAAUAAGUCUAUCAUUCACGCGACUUUGGCUCGAUUUCUCGGCACGACUGGUACGAGCGAGAAUGCAAAGAACGUCGCUCGCGAACUGACGAACGUGCUUUGUGGCUUAGAAAUGACAUUACCUAUGGCUUGGUUCGUCGAGGAAAGACAUACGUUAGCGCUCGCGCUGGAAGGCGAAUACGAUACAGUUGGCGCUCCAUUUCGUGAUUGUCACGUAGACUAG